CCAGCCACCUUCCUCCUCCUCUUUCGCACCGCCUCCUCGAUCGACUCGAACUGCUGCGCUUCCGACCCGCGAUUGAUUCUCGCGUCGCCGCUAGGGUUUUCGCCCUCCCGCGGCCGGCGGCGGCGGCGGCCGUCGACUCGUGCUAGAUUCGCUCCCAAGCAAUGGCUACGCAAGCUGGGAACUCUGUGGGUCCUCAUAGUCCACAAGCGGUUGGAGUUGCAUUUGCUCACCAGUACUACAGAAUUUUGAAUGAGUCACCAGAGCUUGUCCAUAAGUUCUAUCAUGAUGAAAGUUUUCUUGGUCGACCACAUUCUGAUGGUACAUUCACAUCUGUAACCACUACACAUGACAUCAAUGAACACUUCUUAUCUACAGACUACAAGGGAUGUUUGAUAGAACUGGAGAAUGUAGAUACUCAGCUAUCACAGAAUGGUGGUGUGUUCAUUUUGGUUACUGGGUCUCUAACUAUGGCUGAUGAUGUGAAGAAUAGAUUUACCCAGUCAUUCUUCCUUGCUGUACAAGAAAAUGGGGGCUAUUUUGUGUUGAAUGAUGUGCUUCGGUAUAUUCCGGAAAUGCCAUCAGCCGAGACAAAUGAAGCUUUUGCCACCUUUCCAGCUGAGCCAGAAAUACCUGUCGAGGAGACCAUGGACCCAGAUCUUCCAUCUGCAGAUAAUAUUUCUGGCAAUGGUGAAGUCAUAAAUCCAUCUGCAGAGACUACUUCUGUGACUCAUGAUGUCAUGAAGUCAUCUGUAGAGAAUACUUCCGUCAACAAUGAAGUGAUGAAUCCAUCUGUAGAGAAUAUUUCCGCCAAGGAGAAAGUCAUAAAUUCGUUUGGAAAUGACAAUUCUCAAGUUGAAAAGAAUGUCAUUAAGACGCCUGAGGCAGCACCUGCUCCUCCUGCUUCAGCCCAGAAGGAUGUUGUUAAGAAGUCUUAUGCAUCAAUUGUCAUGAAGGAGAGCACACAGCCUGCACCCAUUACCAAACCUAAACCUAAACCAACUCCCACUGUAAAGAGAGCUGAAAAUGUGGAGAAAUCUGUGCCUGCUCCUGCAAAACCUACUCAUGCAACUGAUACUGCACCUCCAAAUGACAAAAACGUUUCUGAUGACCAAGGGUAUUCAGUUUUUGUGAAGAACUUGCCUUUCAAUGCAACUGUUGAAAUGGUUGCGUCUGAGUUCAAAAAGUUUGGUGCUAUCAAGCCUCGUGGCAUACAAGUUAUACACAAACAGUUCGAUGGGUUUUGCUUUGGCUUUAUUGAAUUUGAGUUUCAAGAAUCUAUGCAUGCAGCAAUUGAGGCAUCUCCACUUCGUUUUGGCUCGAAUUUGUCUCAUGUUGAAGAGAAGCGAACCCCAACUCGAGUUGUUGGUGGUGUUGUCACCCAUGGGAACAACAAUGGCAAUGCUCGGGGCAGAGGGGGUUACCAUGGCGACAACUUCAAUGCAGGUUACCGUGAAGGCGCCAACUUCAGGGGCCAGGGAGCGGGCUUUGUGAAAAAUGACAACUACCGUGAUGGCGAAAACUUCAGGGGACAGGGAGGGGGCGUCAUGAACAAUGGUAACUACCGUGAUGGCAAUAGCGUGAGGAACGAAUUCAGAAAUCAGAAUGAGUACUCAGGCCGUGGUCGAGGACAGCAAGGGAAUGGCUACCGCCAGAACGGGGACGGAUACCGUCAGAAUCAGAAUGGGGACGGAUACCGUCAGAAUCAGAACGGGGACGGAUACCGUCGGAAUCAGAGUGGGGACGGCUACGGUCAGAACAGGGAUGGCUAUCGCCAGAAUCAGAACGGGAACGGCUAUGGUCAGAACAGGGAUGGCUACCGGCAGAAUCAGAACGGGAAUGGCUACCAUCAGCAACGACCCCUUCACAAUGGGAAUGGGAAUGUGAGGUCUGGCCGCUUCAAUGGCCCCAAGCAAACACCAGUUGCUGCAUAGAAGUUUUGUGCAAUCCAGCAAAGUAGGAAAACUAUUCUCCCCUAAAAUACUAUUUCCAACCCCGGACUCCUAGGAAUCUCUGAAAAUCAUCCGCGUUUUCUUGCAUCCUAUUAGACCAAGACAAAUUCUGCUUAACCUGAUGAUAACUCAUUCUGACCGGUGCUCCUCUUUUGCCUGUAUUUUGGGAAGUUAUGACCUGUUAAUGCGGAGGUUUUCUAUAUGAGUGCCUUCUAUAUAUUUGUGUUUCCGUA